AUAGAAAAAGUGGAUUAGCACAGCUGUCGCAUUAUCGUUUCGCAGUUUUUAACUAUUUCUUUCUAUUUUAAUGGUUGUUUAGUGAUAUAUUUUGGAACCAUAAUGGCUGACGAAGAGUACGAACGUUUCGAAAUAACCGACUAUGAUUUGGAUAAUGAGUUUAAUCCGAACCGUCGCAGCCGGCGUCCUACCAAACAUCAACAAAUUUAUGGCAUUUGGGCGGACGAGGAUUCAGAUAAUGAAUUGGCGGAUGAAGAAGCAGGUUCUUCUCGUAGAGGACGUAUUCGGGCGGGUAAAAAAUCGAAGGAUUACUCCGCUCCUAUUGGAUUCGUAGCUGGCGGAAUUCAGCAAGCUGGUAAAAAGAAAGAAGAAAAAAAAGACGAUGAUGCUGAGGAAGAAGAUGAAAAAAGACCUCGCUUUGGAACGGUUAAUAGCGGAACUAGCUCCGAAUCAGAAUCGGAAGCAACUCCAAAGGCGAAUGAUUUCAGGUCAAUGGCUGGCUUUCGUAAAUUUACUGCCCAAAGCACCUCCAAUGUUGGCAGAGGCGUUGGAAACUGGGAACAACACACUAAAGGUAUUGGGGCGAAACUGCUCCUACAGAUGGGUUAUCAACCAGGAAAGGGUCUGGGAAAGGAUCUUCAAGGUAUUUCUGCUCCGAUUGAGGCUCAUCUAAGAAAGGGACGCGGAGCAAUUGGUGCGUAUGGGCCCGAGAAAAAAACGGUUGUAAAAGAUCAGAAGCACAAAGCAGUCAAAGAUGAAUCGAGCGAAAUUAAAGAAAAAGAUAUCAGUCAGCAAUGGAAAAAGGAAAAACACAAGGGUCGUUAUUUCUACAAGAGCGUUGAAGACGUAAUUGAAAAGGGUAAACGUUCUUUUGCGCUUUUUGACAAGAAUUCCAAGCUAAGUCAUGUCAAGGUAAUUGAUAUGACGGGCCCCGAAAGCAGAGUGCUAAGUGGAUACCAUGCUCUGGGUCAAGCUAAAAUGGUUGAUGAAGAUCUGUAUGAUGCUAAACCUACUAAAGAAACGGCAAAUUUUGCGCUUCCAGAACUGAUGCACAAUUUAAAUUUAAUUGUGGAACUUUGCGAGCAGGAUAUUAUUGCCAUUGACAAACAAAAAUGUUCGUCUAAAGAUCGAGAGGAGCAACUGGAAAUUGAGAAAGAUAAUCUCAUUCGCAUUACUCAAUUAGAAGAGGAUUAUAUUCAAACACUGGAAGGUGCUUUAGAAUUGGUUAAAGCUUUGGUAGAACCAGAAAGUGGAUCAGUUUCUUUAGAAGACUGCGAACGAGUUUUUGUUCGAAUGCAAACGGAAUUUCCAGCUGAAUAUAAAGAAUUCGGUCUGGCAGACUUGGCCCCUGGCGUUGUUGCUCCGUUGAUAGCCGCUCGCUUGAAGGAAUGGAAUCCGUUUGUUGAGCCAACACUUCAUCUAGACCUGUUCAAACGAUGGCGUUCAAUUUUGGGUUCAUCGGACACGGAAAGACGCAAUCUAUUGGAUCCGUAUUCUGGUCUUGUGUGGUCCGGAGUAAUUCCAAGUAUCCGAUCAGCCGCCACGAACUGGGACCCACGAAUACACCAACCAAUGAUAGCACUACUCGAUGCGUGGGCUCCUCUACUGCCGGCAUGGAUUUUGGACAACGUUCUAGAGCAGAUUACGAUGAAUAAAUUGACUUCUGCAGUAACAGAAUGGGAUCCACUGACGGACACGAUACCAAUUCACAUUUGGAUUCAACCGUGGGCCGGCAUUCUCGGAUCAAAAAUGGAAGAAAGUAUUUAUCCAACCAUUCGAGAGAAACUCAGCAAGGCAUUGAAAGCAUGGAAUCCCGAAGAUCGAUCAGCCCGGGCCAUGAUCACUCCGUGGAAGGGAGUCAUGGCCGAAGAAGAUCUUCAAGCGUUCCUAACAAAGAACAUUAUUCCGAAGUUAGAGCUACGAUUAACAGAACUGGUGAUCAAUCCACUGCAGCAAGAUUUAGAAAUUUUCAAUCAAGUGUGGGAAUGGAACGAACUCAUCUCAACUCUUCAGAUGGCAUCCAUCCUGGAUAAAUAUUUCUUCCCGAAAUGGAUACAAACACUGGUGCUAUGGUUAAACCAGUCUCCCAAUUUCGAUCAAGUAACGCGUUGGUAUCAGGGCUGGAAAUCGCAGUUCACCGAUGACAUAAUCCGCCAGACAAACAUCAAGGAAAACUUCCGCAAAGCGCUGGAAUUGAUGCAGCGUUCAAUUGGAAUAACGACAUCAUCGUCGGCACCUUCUUCUUCUUCCGAACCAAUGGACACGACGCCAGUUGCCUCCACUACGAAGUCAUCUACUAUCGAUAUUUCCGGAGAUGCUGUACCUUCGAUGGAAUUCAAGGAACUCGUUUCCCAAAAGUGCGCCGAAAGAGGCAUCAUAUUUGCGCCGAUGCCGGGUCGAAGAGAGAUGGGCAAACAGGUUUAUCGAGCGGGAAAGCUAUUUUGCUACAUCGAUCGAUCGGUUUGUGUGGUUAGCCUGGAUGGCGGUGUCAACUGGACUCCGAUUUCUUUGUCGGCUAUGCUGGAUCGAGCGAUUAGUGGUUAAACCUAAAUGUAUUUUCAAUAUGAGCUUAAU